AUGUCUCACAAACAAUUUAAAUCCGAUGGAAACAUCGUUACCCCUUAUCUCAAAGGCCUUGCUAGGAGUAAUCCUGGUUUGACGCUAAUCGAACAUGACAGGGUAGUCUACCGUACGGCGUCAGCUCCUGGCUCGGGAAAUCCACCUAAGGUCACACUUAUUUCUGGUGGUGGUAGUGGCCACGAACCUACGCAUGCGGGAUUUGUGGGGGAUGGUGCCCUUGAUGCAAUUGCGGCGGGUGCUAUUUUUGCAUCCCCAUCAACUAAGCAGAUUUUUUCCGCCUUGAAAGCUGUCGAAUCUCCCAAGGGUUCUCUUAUUAUUGUUAAAAAUUACACCGGGGACAUCAUCCAUUUUGGGCUUGCAGCUGAGCGCGCAAAGGCCGCAGGCAUGAAUGUCGAGCUUGUUGCGGUCGGUGAUGAUGUAUCUGUUGGGAAAAAAAAGGGAUCACUCGUAGGCCGCCGUGGCCUGGGAGCGACGGUUCUGGUGCAUAAAAUUGCCGGUGCCGCCGCUGCUCAUGGGCUGGAAUUACGCGAUGUUGCCAAGGUGGCGCAAUCGGUCGUUGACAACAGCGCCACGAUUGCUGCUUCCCUAGACCAUUGUACCGUCCCGGGUCACAAGCCAGAAAACAUGCUAGGCCCCGACGAAUAUGAAAUUGGUUUGGGUAUCCACAACGAAUCAGGUACCCAAAAGCUGUCUCCUUUGCCUUCCAUCCCUGAGCUUGUAUCCAAAAUGCUACCUAUUGUUCUGGGCAAAGACGAAGACCACUCGUUUGUUAAAUUCGAGCCUAAAGACGAUGUAAUUCUUUUGGUUAACAACAUGGGUGGUAUCUCCAACCUCGAGCUUGGAUACGCUGCCGAGGUCAUUUCGGAGCAAUUGAUUAAAAAUUAUCAUAUCAUUCCUAAAAGAACCAUUACAGGCACUUUCAUCACCGCCUUGAAUGGCCCUGGUUUCGGAAUAACGCUUCUCAAUGCAGGAAAAGCAGGUCCCGAUAUCAUUAAGUAUUUUGACUACCCUACAACGGCAAGUGGUUGGAACCAGACCUACCACAAUGCUGCUGACUGGAAGGUUCUCGCUGAAGGGAAAGUACCAACUGCCCCUUCUCUGGAAACCCCAAGAAAUGAGAAGCCGUCUGGCGUCAAGGCAGACUACGACACUUUUGCCAAGAUUCUAAAAGCAGGUAUCGAACGUGUUAACGCCGUUGAGCCAAAAGUGACCUGGUAUGACACGAUUGCUGGUGAUGGUGAUUGCGGAACCACUCUUGUUUCCGGCGGUAAAGCUCUGGAGGAAGCUAUUAGCGAUCGUACUUUGCGCUUGCAGGAUGCUGCUCACGGUAUUGAAGACAUUGCUUACAUUGUUGAGGAUUCGAUGGGCGGCACUUCGGGAGGUCUUUACUCCAUUUAUCUUUCUGCGCUAGCCAAGGGCGUUCAAGACUCGGGUCACAAACAACUAACCGUGGAUACUUUCAGGACGGCCUCCAAGGACGCUCUCGAUGCACUUUAUUGCUACACGAGGGCUCGCCCGGGCUAUAGAACUUUGAUUGACGCCCUACAGCCUUUCGUUGCUGCUUUGAAUUCCGGUAGUGAUUUAAGAAGUGCAGCGACUGCAGCUCAUGAGGGAGCCGAAAAGACGAGAAAAAUGGAUGCUCUUGUUGGUCGUGCGUCUUAUGUUGCUAAGGAAGAGCUGCGUAAACUCGAUAGUGAGGGAGGACUUCCAGACCCUGGUGCAGUGGGCUUAGCAGCUUUAAUUGAUGGUCUUGUUACCGCUGCUGGCUACUGA